AACGAUACCGCUUCCGUGUUUACGAUCGUACGCAUGUGAAUGCAACAGGUGCAUGCUUCAUACUCCUACCGAAGUAUAUUAUUAUCAUCAUAUGCAUAUAAACUUUGCCUCGUUGAUACAGCUGCUGAAUUAUCUUUGUUGGAACAAAUAUUAAGCUGAUGAUGGCCCGGUCUGGUGAGGAAUCAUGCACCCAGAGUUCUGUUGGUCUAGAAUCCAUCUCAUUUAAUCCACUUUUACCACAUCCUCAGUCAUGGACAGUGGUCCCAGAAUUCAACAUGGGCUUAAGGCAACAACGAACGCAUGAAACAUUUGGCAACUGGAAAUAUGAUGUCCAAUGUCAAAUUGCAAACAUCUCACAAAAAUUGAAAGACUCCUUAGAGGAGCAUCCCGAUGACAGGGUACGAGGAUGUGAUGUUCCCUGGCGACCGACCCUUACUGAUCCCACCGGUCGUGACUUACCCCUCUACGAGCAGCAGAAGAGACCCAUUGGAAACCCCGCCCCUGCGCCCCCUUCAAGGGAAGAAACAGAAAACUUUUACAAAGCUAACAGCACUGCCAACCCGUCAUACCCUCUCUCCUUCGGCCUUGAAAGAACAACCAUCUCACGAUGAAACUAGACGAGUAACUCAUCAAAUAACUUUCUCGUAGACAUCUACGCAUCGGUCAGGAGGAAACUGUCACAAUGCUGUCAUUCAAGCACUUUUAAAGCCUGUCUGCACUAGUGUGGCCAGGAGGGAAUAGACCUCCCUGCAAGAUCACAGACAGGUGGUUAUCACAUCAAUCAGCUCUCAAGUAAAAUAUAAGAAAAAGGGGAUCAUGGGGGACCAAAAGGCACCAAUUAGACAUUGUUUGCUAUAUAGAGGGCACAAGUAGCUAUAAGUAGUGCAGUGGGCCUUUAACUAGUUUUUUUGUUGUUGAUGGUUAAGGAUGAGGGUAAAUAACAUUAUCUCAAAAUGUUGUGUUGGCUGGUUCAUAUAUUGCAAACCUUGUUGAACAGUGCCAUUUUAAAAUGAAGGGUUUGAUGAGCAGGGGCUGCAAAUACUAGGUGGUAGUGGUGGUGGUUGGUGGAGGAUGGGGGUUAAGGGCAGUUGCUCUUGACCCUCCUAAUGAUUUCUGUUAAACCUAACAGGAUUCUGUGUCUGUUCUAUUAGACAUAUAUCGUCCUUGUUUUCACGAAGUGACGGUAGUAUAAAAAAAAAUCGUAAUGCAAAGUGAAUGCAAUUUUUUUUCACUACCGUCACUUCGUGAAAACAGCGACGAUAUUUGCCACUGAAUCCUACCCAUCCAUCCCAGAGAUGGAUCUGUCUCCCUGGCCUUGAAUUUGGAUUGUCUCUAGUUUCGUUGCUAUUUGAAAUAAGAAAAAGGGGCAAUUUUAUUUUUCAUAUCUAUAGUGCCUUGCAAGUUAUACUUGCUAUAUAUUUAUACUUAGAGCAAUUCUAUAAAUUGUACUGCAUUCCAUUUGUUUAUAUCUAGCAUAUAAGAAAACCUUGUCACGAGGCAAUUUGAUGAGGAAGUUGGGGCACUGGUGUCAUGGUUAUUUGGUUAUUCUCUCUGAGCUGGUUUAAAGUUUAAGAACAUUUCAUGACAAAAAGAGAUUAUCUUGACAUGGGAAAUGUAUUAUUACUCUUAUUUUCAGUCAAUAUACAUUUAAUUUGUAUGUCCUGCUGUGGGAGCACUAUCAGAUCGAUGCUUAAGUGAUAAAAUAUUCUGAAUUCUGAAUGAUUUUCAUGUAGCAAUGAAGAUCUAAGAAAGUUCUUGCUGUGCUUAUGACUUUUUCCAUUCUCUAACUUUGAAUAUUAACUUUUUUCACAGGGUACAAAUAAUCUUAUUGUUUUGAUGUGGAGAUAUGUAAUAAUAUUUAUGCUUAUAUAGCGCUUAAUACAUCUGCAAGUCCAAGUUUCUGAACGCUUUACAGUUAAUACCCCUGGUCAUCGGAUUCUGGCUUGCCCGCAAACAAUGUAUGCACUUUCUCCACUCCCCGGGGAGCAUUCCAGCAAGAGCUACUAGGCUAAAAUUGCUAAGCACAUUGGCUUUCGCAUCCUACCGGGUAUAUAUGACUUCAGAAUGUUAGCAAGUAAUUUGAAGUGUGUUCAACAGCUCAAACUCUAUAUAUUUAUCUUCCUGAGUUUUCAUUUGUGUAAAAAGAAAAAUGUCAUUCAGACAUCACAAAGCUAUAACAUUUUGUGCCAUAUAUGCAAUGAUUGAAUUACGUACUCUUCAAAUUGACAAGUUUGGCAAAUGUAUGCCUUAAACAUUUGUAUAUGCACGAUCAUCAUUUGAUAUUGUAUGUGUGUGUGUAUAAAUAAAUUGUAGAAGUGAAUGUUA